AUGAGCAAAGGUUAUGGUGGUGACUAUACGGGAGGGCAGGGCCAAUAUGGUAACGAAUACAGAGGAGGGUAUCCACAACAAACAUAUGGCCAACAACAGUAUGGUCAACCACCAUAUAGUCAGCAACAAGAGAUGACUCAAGCCAAUCCUGAUAAUAUAAAAGGAUUUUUUGACGAGGUUUCGUCAAUCUCUGAUUUGAUCCGUCAAAUAAAAAGCAACAUUAGCCGUAUUGAUGAAUUUCAUUCACGUUCCUUGGGCAUAAUCAGUGAAGAUGAAGCCACUAAACGUCAACUUGAUUCCAUUAUCACCGAGACGCGUCAACUCCUUGUCCAAGUAAAAGAUAGAAUUAAAAAAAUAGAAGUCUCAAAUUUUAAGGCUAGUCCUGCUGAUCAAACAGUUCGAAAGCAACAGACAGGUAAUCUACGUCAAAAAUUUAUGGAUACUUUACAAGAUUACCAAAAGGUCGAAUUUCAAAAUCGUCAAAAGUUUAGAGAGCGUAUGGAAAGGCAAUACAAAAUUGUUAAACCCAAUGCGACGCAAGAAGAGAUUGAUUCAGCGCUGGACAAUGACGACGGUGGGCAGAUUUUCGCGCAAUCGCUCAUGAAUUCAACAAGAUACGGUGCAGCAAAGGACGCUUUACAAGAAGUGCAAAAACGACACGAUGAUAUCAAAAAGAUUGAAAAAACCAUUGAAGAACUUGCAAAUCUUUUCCAAGAAAUGCAAAUUAUAGUCGAGGCACAGGACACACAAGUUGCUCAAAUUGAAGAAAACGCUACUCAAAUACAAAACGAUACGGAGCAGGGUGUCGUUCACGUAGAAAAAGCAUUAGAAAGUGCACGAGCCGCAAGAAAGAAAAAAUGGUAUUGUAUGUUCAUUGCCAUAGUGCUCCUAGCAAUACUUGCUGCAGUAAUAUACAUUUAUGUUAUUAAACCCAUGCUUAAAAAGAAAGGUGAUGGAGCCCAAUGA